AUGGCGGGAGCGGCUUUACCUCACGGCCGAUGGUGCUGGACUGAGGUCCUCGUGCCAGAGAUGGAUCUCGUCCGGCACCCACCUACUGAGCGGUGUGGCAAGGGGAGCAAAGGGGGACAAAAAGAAAGUGCUGCCCUCUGCCAGUGCAUUGAAUUAUGUCCUGACCACUUUGUCCCCGUGUGUGGCUCUGAUGGCUGCUCAUAUGACAACCACUGUCUCUUCCAUCACCUCGCCUGUUUAUCAGGAAGCACAUCAAAAUGUGAUGCAGACAAGGACAAUUAUGUCAACUCCGAUGAAUUACUAAAUUGCACCUCUGGUUCGUUCUUCUUGGCCCCUCCUGAGCAGGAAAAUGAACUGACAAGGGCACUGUGUAUAGAUGCUAUAGUAGAUGUAGCAGACAACAAUCAUGACUUGCCACUAGAUUUUGAAGAGUUUACAAGAAUACUGAACCCAGACUUUCGGCCUGCUCAUAAAUUAUGCUUGUUAGAUGGAAUGAAAUACGACGAUGGAGAAGACGUAUGUUGA